GACAGCCCGGCGGGCGGGACGGCAAGAUGGCUCCGAAAGGGAAAGGCGGCGGCAAGGCCGGCAAGGGCGGCGCCAGCGGCGGCGGCAGCAGCAGCAGCAGCAGCAGCGAGGGCAAAGCCCAGGGCCCCAAGGGAGGCGGCAGCGCCGUGAAGGUCCGGCACAUCCUGUGUGAAAAGCACGGCAGGGCCAUGGAGGCGAUGGAGAAGCUCAAGUCCGGGCUGCGCUUCAGCGAAGUGGCCGCGCAGUACAGCGAGGACAAGGCCCGGCAGGGGGGAGACCUGGGCUGGAUGACCAGAGGCUCCAUGGUGGGACCUUUCCAGGAAGCAGCGUUCGCCCUGCCCGUCAGCAGCAUGGACAAGCCAGUGUACACGGACCCGCCGGUCAAAACCAAGUUUGGGUACCACAUUAUCAUGGUGGAAGGCAGAAAAUAAAUCAAGAAUGACCAUGA